GUGUCGCACUGCCGAGCAGAGAUCUUUACUGCCGAGGGAGGCGCCAGAGACGGACGGAGGAGAAGCGACGCCAUGGACGGCUCAAGGAGAAGCGACGCCAUGGACGGCCUAAGGGAAAGCAGACGCAGCUGGGGCAUGAGCGACAACGACGGCGGUAUGCGGGGCUCCAGCCGGGGCUUGGCCCCCAGCGACUCGGACGGGAUGCGAGGUGGAUCAGAAUGGUUGGACAGUGGCACCAGCAGUAGUAACAGGAAAUCAGGUAUGAUGAGUGGUGACUAUGAACGUGUCGCUUUAGGGAGCUCCAGAUCUUACACAGAAUCGACUCCUAGUAGGAGUGAGAGGUUUGGACCUUAUGAGUCGCAUGACUCCAGGUCUGCUCUGGAUGGCCAUGAUCUGUAUAGAUCUGGCUACGAUUUACAUGAACCAGGACGAAGCCGCUUUGGGGAUAGCUAUCCUGAUCGAUCCGAGAGCUCCGACAGGAAUUUCGGUGAUCAAUACCUUGACCCUUAUGAAGGUAGAAGCCAGAGCCGAUUAUAUGAUAAAAGCAGGUCUAGCUGGGAUGACAGCUACUCACAUUCAAGCUCAAAGCCUAGGGUGCGGGCUGAUUCGGAUACGGGAAGAGGAAGUUACUCUUCCUACAGCAGCUUCUCGACACCCCUUUCGAAGCCUUCAUCUGGAGGCUCUCGGGGGAGGGGAACGCUUGCUUAUUCUGGCACCGAGUAUGGAGGCGGAUCCUAUUCGAAGAUGAGAGGACAACGAGGAGGCAGAGGUCGAGGCAGAGAACAAUCAGAUUUAGAUGUGUGCUCAAGAUCAAAGAUACUAGAGGAGCUCUAUAAUCUUUGCUCAAAACCUCUCGUACAAAGUAAUACAAGUUAUCAGUCAUACAAGAGAGGUGGUGGGUUUGCAUCAAAUUCUGGACGGGGCAUGAAAAGGAAAGGGAUACAACCGAACAGAGAUGCAGUAAAGAAGCAGAGACUGGCACCUGCUGAAAAUGUCAGAGCACCUGCAGCUCAUACAGCAAACCAAGCAACUUCAAGAAUAAAGAUGGCCGUAUUAAGUACUAGCAAGGAUCCGUUCCUGAAGGAUAAAGAUUUAACUAAAGAUACAUAUGAUCCAGAUGAAUAUGAAUGCUUUGAUAUAAUUGAAGGUAAACAGAAGUCUGAUACUGAGGAUGACGAGGAGGAUAAGAAACUGGGAGCAAGAAGAGAAAAACAACGACGCAGGCGUGAAAGGAACUCUGCGAGAUAUGGAGAGGGUUACCGGAAAGCGUUUACGUGCUCCCUUUGUAAGUUUCGAACUACAGAGCAAGAGGAGAUCGAAGCUCAUCUGGAAACUCCUUACCAUAAAGAGACAAUCGAUUUCAUUGGAAAAAACAUUAAGUUUGGAAAAGGAGCUGCGGAAUUUCUUCAUGCAUCCAUGGUAUACAAAUGUAAGAAAAGUGCAGCUCGUAAACAACUAAAGCAGGAACUAAUGGAUCUAGCCCAAAGUCUUCCAAAGGAUGUUUUAACGGGAGUUUCUUCAGAUGAUCAUAUGAAAAAGGUUGAAGCCGUUCAUUGUGAUGUCUGCCACACCUAUAUUCCCUUCCAGUUUAAUUCUGUACAUCUACAUUUGACCUCCAAUGUACAUAUCAAUAGAAAGAAGACUUACAAUGAACAGGUCAGAUGGGAUAGUCUCCUCACGGCCAAUAGCAUGCUGAACAACGCGACUGUAAAGGAUCAACUUGAUCUCUACUUAAAGGGCGAGUACUCUUUUGAAAAUCCUCAGGAGCAGCAACAAUCGGAAGAGCAGGAACAGGAUCCGGAGCACGAGGAGGAAGAGGAGGACAACGAGGAGGAAAAUCAAGAAGAGGAGGAAAGGCAGGCGGAUGAAGCAGAUGAUCAAGCACCGGAGCAAGAGGAAAACCAGGCGAAGAUGGAGGACGUAACAGCAGCUCAGACACCAAACCAAGCAACUGCAAGAAAGAAGAUGGCCGUAUUAAGUACUAGCAAGGAUCGGUUCCUGAAGGAUAAAGAUUUUACUAAAGAUGCAUAUGAUCCAUAUGCAUAUGAAUGCUUUGAUAAAAUUGAAGGUAAAACGAAGACUGAUACUGGGUAUGACGGGGGGAAAUGGAGACAGGAAGCAAGAAGGGAAAAACAACGACGCAAGCACGAAAGGAAAUCUGCGAAAUAUGGAGAGGAUUACCAGAAUGCGUUUUCGUGCUCCCUUUGUAAGUUUCGAACUACAGAGCAAGAGGAGAUCGAAGCUCAUCUGGAAACUCCUAUCCAUAAAGAAAUACUCAAGUUCAUUGGAAAAAACAUUCAGUUUGGAAAAGGAGCUGCGGAUUUUCUUCAUGCAUCCAUGGUAAACAAAAAUAAGAAAAUUGCUGUUCGUAAACAAUUCGAGCCGCAGGCCCAAAAGUUUUCAACGGAUGUUUUAAUGGGAGUUUCUUUAAAUGAUCAUAUGAAAAAGAUUGAAGCCGUACAAUGUGAUGUCUGCAACACCCUUAUUUCCUUCCUGUUUCAUCCUAUACAACAGCAUUUGAAGUCCAAUGAACAUACCAGUAGCAAGAAGAAUUACCAUGACCAUGUCCUAUGGGAGGGUCUCCUCGCAGCCAAAAGCAUACUGAACAACCCGAACAUAAAGGCUCAACUUGAUCUCUACAUAAAGGGCGAGAACCCUUUUGAAAAUCCUCAGGAACUGCAACAGCAGGAGCAGCAACAAUCGGAAGAGCUGGAACAGGAGUCGGAGCACGAAGAGGAAGAGGAGGGCAAAGAGGAGGGCAUCGAGGAGGGCAUUGAGGAGGGCAUUGAGGAGAAAAAUCAAGGAGAGGAGGAAAAUCAAGAAGGGGAGGAAAACCAAGACGGGGAGGAAAACCAAGAAGGGGAGGAAAACCAAGAAGGGGAGGAAAAUCAAGGAAAGGAGGAAAAUCAAGAAGGGGAGGAAAAUCAAGAAGAGGAAAGGCAGGCGGAUGAAGCAGAUGAUCAAGCAUUGGAGCAAGAGGAAAAACAGGUGAAGAUGGAGGAUGUAACAAGUGAGCCUGCUGACAAGUAAUGCUAUCAGAAUGAGAGUGUAGUUACUUAUUUUCAAACUUGUAAACAAUGCAGCAGUAAUGAGAAAGAUGCUUCCCCGCUAUCCUCAAAAGCAUUGUUGUGAUGGUUUUGUACGCCAUGGCUGAUAGUAAUCGCAAUGCUUUCUCAGCGGCCUAUUAAUGUGUUUUUUUUUGUUAAACAGAAUAGUGAUUAGUUUUCCUUGAACAACCAUGUAUUAAUGGGACAAAUGUUCACUGAGUAAUGUAUUUGGUCAAAGUUGAAAAGAGUAAGAGCAAAGGUAAAGGUGUUUUAAAACUAGUCUGUUGAGCUCUUAAAUGUGGAACAAUAUUCAUUUAUGUCUUUUAAAAAAUUGUUUAUGUAUUCGGUGUGUAUGGUGUUUAGAACCUUGUGAAUAACCUGCUUAUUUGUUGCAUAGUUUAGAAAGGCAAAGAAAUGCUGCCAUUUCUUUUGUUAAACAUUUCCACUGUAAUCAUUUAGAAUAGUUAUUGCUAUUGACUAAUUCACAUUAAAGGAUUUUGCUUGUUCUCCCCAUAUUAUAAAAGUCAAAGCAGUCAUCCAUUCACUAAUGUAAACCUGUGUGCGAUAGUGAGACUUUGUGUGCUAUUAAUGGGAAUAAAAAUGAUUAGAUUAUGUAA